UGCUCCUAACCAGAAGGUUGCUGAGCUGCGAAACCUUAUCAACACCAUCUGGUCGGCUACAUCAUGGCCGUCCAAUGUGCGAAGAUCGCGAAGCAAGCAAAGCGAUUAGUGCUAAGGCAGGCUAGGGCGCCCUAUCAACGGUCUUAUAUCAAUCUACGGCCUCCACAUACGGCUGUUUACCACGAUAAGCUGAUUAUGGUCAUCUUCUUGGAGCGAUCUCUACGUUCUCUUCAGGUGACGGUGUGAUAUGUAACUCCGACUACCUCGUUGCGGGACUUCGUAGGUCCGUUAUGGCUCAGACGCUCGCUCCCCUCUUCUUAUUAGACGCGGCCUCUUGAUAAUCUUGACGCCGUGCGUCUAGGAGACAACCCGAUGCGGAACAUGCCACAGCUUUUGAAGAGGGCGUCAUCACAUUACGCUACGAUUGAUGGCUCUGGUGUCAUGCAAUGUACGUAUUAACGGAAAGAGGACCGACGAGGACAGUGAAAAUAUAUAGAGCCACCUCACCGGGUCAGACUGAACGGAGCAAUCAGUGAAGAUCCUGUCCCAGAGUCCUACAUGUCCACAGACCCAAGCUUCCGGCACCAGGCGCAUAAAAGCCCAUCGUCCUCCCUCCCGAUAACUCUGACCUUAACACCUUUCUCGCUUCCCUAUGGCCGGCUCCCAAACCUCAAAGGGCUCCUCCAGUCGGUCUAGGAAACGUCGUAUUCAUGAACGGUCCUCUAGCCCUACGGAAAUCAGAGCGGGAUCCGCUUCACGAACUCCAUCAGAUAGAAUAGUAUCUUACGAUGCUAGGCAAGGUGAUGCUCGCCGUGGCAUUCAAUCAACAGGGCGGCCAACAUACAGCAGUAGUAGAGCGACGCUCCCUUCGUUGGCUUCUGCUUUCGCUUUGGAUCGUAACGACUAUCGUGACAGCGACGCACCUGCCUCAGAAGCAGGGGCAUUAAAUAGCUCAACCAGCGCUCAAGAUAUCAAUAGUGAUGUGCAAAGUAUCAACGAACCCAGGACCCCCACCAUGAAACCACAAUCUGGCACUGCCGCCAGUUUACAGGCGGAUAAUACGGACGAGUGGUUAAAAAAUCUCCCGAUGGAUAUCCCGAACUUGUAUAUAACACCAGAAAAACAGUCAGACUCAAGAUCUGUGCAGCAAAGACGAUUAGCGAUCGAACUUGCACCUGCUGGCGACCGCUGCCUACUUACCAAUGUCAGUGGGAAAUGCAUCCAUGGCUGUCACCUAGUUGCAAACUCCCAUUAUAAGAUAGAAAAAAAACAGAACUAUCCGUUAUCUAAGGCCUGGGGAGAUGAUUUCGAUAUCAAUAGCCGGUGGAACAUGUUUUUUUUACGGGCCGACAUCCAUAUUCUUUAUGACGGUUUUGAAUGGAUGCUGAUACCAAAGCCUGACACACUGAAGCGCAUUGUCGAAGUGUCGGGACAGCGGGGAAAGCCCGGAGCAAUAAGCAUAACCGAAGAGUUCGCGCCUCGCAAACAACGUCGCACAUAUGAGUACUACUUCCUACCGCAUCCAAAAAUGAGGGCGCCAAUCGAUCGUUACCACGUCACGACAGAGACUGUUCCGUCAACUUCAGAAGGUGGCCAGGAAACCCGAGAUUGUUAUGAGCACAGACAGUGCUUCACGUUCCCAUACUCUGACAUUCCACCCAUCGAGAGCCAUGUCCCCCCUCACCUAGUGAUAUUUGACGCUAUGCGCAAGUUCAUCCAUAUAGAUAACUUGAAGGAACAGGCCGCCCUGUACGAAUUACUUCAAAGUAUCCUUGAUUCUUAUCAUGGUCAUGAGGAUGGGAUACCCGAUGCAGCUAAAUACCUUGACACGAUGCGAAGGUUGUUCCUCCACGAUUGGAAGCUUCAAGUGUUCCUCAAGAAGAAGAAGGGGGAGGGGAAGGCAUGAGGUUGCGAGUUGCCUGGUCACUUUGUUGUAUGGCAUCGGGUGUCGAUGAACAUUUGUAAAGAAAAUGUCACCAUGUACUGGGAUCACAAGUCAGAAUG